AUGGCGAAUGCAGCCGGAGACACACAUAACAAUCAUGCCACUUGGUUCAAGUACAUGGAAUUAUACCUGACGAUCAAAAACGAGGAGAUGGGUAUUGAACUUCACAGUGAUGCUUUCAAAGCUAUAACCGAUGAUAUUAUAAGCACGCAAUAUGACUAUUCUGCGAUGCUACCCUACGAGACUUUCCGACCAGACAUUAGACUCUACUAUACAUAUGGUACCAUACCAAUUAUCCGAUCCGCUGUAGUGCUGCAGAUGUAUUUUAUUGCUCACCAGAACGAGCUCAGCAGCUCCAACUUGCGUUCGAGGGCAAACUCGAUGUGGCACCAUCGAAGUCAGAAGACUGAUACUAAUCUCAUUGACGCAGUAAAAACCCUGCACGAAUUCGCCGUUAAGGGCAAUCACUACCCUUUUCCAGAUACUACUGACAAUUGGCUUAACAUCGGUAAUUCGGCCACCGGAUACGAAGAUAUACAUUGGCUGACCAAUGCGUGGGCACCGUCUGUACCUUCCAAAUCAUACUCAACCGAUAUGAAGAAG